CGGCGUUCGUCACGCAACGUCAAAGUUUCUGAAAAUGAUUGAGCACUUUGACUGGGCCACAGGGAACGUAUCAGUGGCCGAACAUCUCCCCGUGAGGAAACUCGAUGAAGACGAAGCGCUUUGCCCGUUUAAGGCAAUCAAGGGGCUCAGCUAUAUAAGCAUCCCAUCUCAGAGCUGGUUGAUGGCUUCUGCCAACAGAAGGGGUGUGUUGCUGGCAGUAGAAGAAAAAAAAAAGAGUAUGAGUGCAGAUUUCGUCACCUUCAGCAGCAGGUGGAGUUGUGGGCCGCUGUUUCCUCGCUGGUCAGAGUGUUGCUUUCUUGGACUUUUUCCCCGGGCACCUUUUCUCCAUUAUCUCACUGUCUCGUGGUGUUUAAGGACCGGCUUGUGCCGCUACUCUCCACCAGAUCGUUGUUGCCAUUAUGGAGCUGGACGCUGCACCAAAAAAGAGAUAACUUACCUCAAAUACACCUGCCUGCCCACUCGCUUCCAAAUCUCUCUCCACUCCCUGGAAUCCCUGCCAGCAGCUACUCCGAAUCUCCUGCUCAAGAUAUCGACAACCUUCCUCUUCCUCGCUCCCUCCAGCGCUGUGUUUUUCUCGCUGCGUACCCUCCCCUCUUUCUUCGUCCUCUUCUCUUCCUCCGACUCCAUCAACAACUCCCCAGACUCCUGGCCAAGUUUGAGCGCGUCAGAUCCCCUCUGUUUGGAAAGGCUAAGCUACAUCUGUUGACGCGCUCAGUGCUCGAGUGGUCGGCCAAGCCCAGCCAACAUCUCCCAGCAUGCAUCGCAGCGAGUGUGCAGCUAAUGAACACAACUAAAGGAAUGCGCUCACACCCGUCCCCUUCCUUUCUGUUUGAUAAGUUUCACUCUCAAUAGGGGUACUGUUUACAAUGAUUCAGCCCGGAACAUAGAGCGGAAAUAUGGAGUCAGAUGACCGUGAAAAGUUUGUGGAAACCAUUCAGUUGAAACUGGGAUCGCUAUCCAUACCCUCCUCUGACUUCUAAGAAAGAAAGUCAGAAUCACAUGAAGACCUCGAGCGAGACUUCUCCGAGAUGUAAACUUUAAAAGAAUGAGAGAAUCUUGACCCAGUAAAGCACAUGACGGGCGGAAAUCAGAAAAGUCAAAUGAAAAACAGCAAGAGUCAGAAUGUGGAAAUCAACUUUCUUUGCCCUUACUGCUGACUUUACUUGAAGGAUUGUGUCUUUGCAUUAGUAUGGAGAUAUGGGGAUACGCGGGGGUCUGAGAGUUAAGGAAAUAUGAAAAGGCAGCCCUUUUAACUUGAGCCACUGUGUGAAUAGCCCCAGCAUUCUUUUGGAUUUAAUGAAAGCUCCCAAAGUGAGUGAAAGCCUGAAAUAGCAUUAGCUGGCACACAAUAGUAGCCUUAAAUGUAGGUAUUAAACCUUAACAGCUAAGACCUAAUUGGCAGACCAGUGAAUAGGCCAAUGGGUGGCUGACUCUUAGGCUACAAUGUCAGAAUGCCUGACUAGCCAACAGCUUGCCCUUGUUUCCUUCAGUCUCCGACAAAUGAGAAAAAGUUGGACGUCCUUCUUGA